CCUUCCCUAUAAAAUCCCAGCCCCAACCCAUCCAAAAAUUACACUUGGCUCUCAAUAUCUCAUGGCUUCCAAACAAGCUUCUCGGUUCUUCGUUACGGUGGUGGUGGCAUUGCUUGCAAUCUCCACGUUGGGUCAUACGACCUACUCGACAGAAGAAGGUGGUGGUGGUGAUGAGUACAAGGAAGUAAAGAAGGAGGCGGCGCCAGAGAGCAAAGAAGCUGCGGCUUCGGAGUCGUGGGCCGGGUGGGCUCAGGAGAAACUCUCUGAAGGGCUUGGAAUAAAGCAUGGUGAUCAUGAGUCUCACUCCAACAAGGAAACUGCCACGGAGAAGAAGCAGCAGACGGAGAAAGUCAGAGAUGAUGAGGAGCAGGUGAGUACUCCGGCAAAGGAAAAGGCAAAGGAGAUUUAUGAUAAAGCCAAAAACAAAGCAGGGGAGUCCGUAGAGGCUGCCAAGCACAAGUCCAAGUCCAAGUCCCACGAACAAGUCAAAGAUAAUGUUGCUGCUGGUGGAGGAGACCACCCUGAGGAACUUUGCGCCGCCUCAACUGUAAAACGACAAUUAGGAAUCCAUAAGUACACGUCGCCUGACACGUGUCGCCGUCAUGUUCGUCGUCCUCUUCCCUAUAAAAUCCCAGCGCCAACCCACCCAAAACGUACACUUGGCACUCAAUAUCUCAUGGCUUCCAAACAAGCUUCUCGGGUCUUCGUUACGGUGGUGGUGGCGUUGCUUGCAAUCUCCACGUUGGGUCAUACGACCUACUCGACAGACGAAGGUGGUGGUGGUGGUGGUGAGUACAAGGAAGUAAAGGAGGAGGCGGCGACAGAGAGCAAAGAAGCUGCGGCUUCGGAGUCGUGGGCCGGGUGGGCUCAGGAGAAACUAUCUGAAGGGCUUGGAAUAAAGCAUGAAUCUCACUCCAACAAGGAAACUGCCACGGAGAAGAAGCAGCAGACGGAGAGAGUCAGAGAUGAUGAUGAGGAUCAGGUGAGUCCCGCAAAGGAAAAGGCAAAGGAGGUUUAUGAUAAAGCCAAAAACAAAGCAGGGGAGACCGUAGAGGCUGCCAAGCACACGUCCAAGUCCCACCAAGAAGUCAAAGAUAAUGUUGCUGCUGGUGGAGGCCAAGACCACCUUGAGGAACUUUGAGCUCCGCUGCUUCAAUUCACACCACCAUGGCUGUUUGCUUGUCGUACGUAUAUAUAAAAGAGAUUGUAAUUCGUGUUGUUUUGGUGAUCCAAGGUUUCCUUUUGUGUUUGAUAUAUGUAAUCAUAAUAAUUCCUUGGUAUUAAUCUAAGACUCCCCUUAAUUACAGUUCAAUAAGGAUUUUUUUAUUCCAA